UGCCCACCGUUUCCUUUCCCACGACUCACGGCUCUCUCUCUCUCUCUCCUCUUUCUCCUUCUUCUUCUUCUUCUUCUUCUGCUGCAUCAUCUUCGUUGUUUUUGCCGUCUGUUUUACUUGGUUUCUUCCGCCAUGUCCAAAGUCCCAGUCAUAGCCACGUGCUGCCCCUCCUCCGUCGUCGCCUCCCACCUAAGCUAAGCUAAGCCCCUUCCCACCACCACCACCACCGCUUACUUCCCUGACAUCAUGACUUUCUUUUCACUCCACUUCCUCUGAACCGCCCCCCGGCGCGUCUCUCAUUGCCAGAUCAGGGCGGCGAGGCAGCGCUCGGCCCCCUCCAUUCCAGCCUCCUCCGAUCGGGAUUCGAAGAUGAUGGGGUCGGAGAACCAGGGCUUCGAGGAUGCCCGCCUCUACGCCUCCAAAGAAGAGAUGGAGUCCCUCGUCCUCGGCGACCCCUCCAGAUCCUCCUACGCCAACUCCGACUACCGUAGCGCCAUGUCCAAUUCCCUCCCCGACUCCCACCACCCUCUCUCCCCUCCGAUCCUCGCCACCCCCGCCGACUCCGAUCCCCUGCUCGCCCCCCCGCCGCCGCCCUCCUCCUCCUACCCCGAGCUCCGAAACCCUAGCUCCCACGACAGCUCUUCCUACAUCGAGCCCCCUUCCUACGCCGAUGUCAUCUUCAGCCCCUUCGAUGGGGACUCCUCCUCCGAGAUCAACGGCGUCGAUAGCCCCAGCCCGAGUUCCGAUAGUCCCGUCAGCUUUUCCCGAUCUUCUUCCUCUGGCACCGAGUACAUCAAGAUUACCGUGUCCAAUCCCCAGAAGGAGCAGGAGGUCACCAACUCCAUCGUGCCCGGGGGUAACACCUAUGUCACUUACUUAGUCACGACGAGAACCAACAUACCUGAGUUUGGGGGCCCCGAGUUCAGCGUCCGCAGGCGGUUUCGGGAUGUGGUGACCCUAUCCGAUAGGCUGGCCGAGUCGUACCGAGGGUUUUUUAUACCGCCGAGGCCCGAUAAGAGCGUGGUGGAGAGUCAGGUGAUGCAGAAACAGGAGUUUGUGGAGCAGCGAAGGGUGGCCCUGGAGAAGUAUCUGAGGAGAUUGGCGGCUCAUCCCAUCAUUAAGAAGAGCGAUGAGUUGAGGGUGUUUUUGCAGGUGCAGGGGAAGCUUCCCUUGCCGACGAGCACGGAUGUUGCUUCGAGGAUGCUCGAUGGUGCGGUUAAGCUUCCAAAGCAGCUUCUCAGUGAGAGUGUGGUGGCUCCGCAUGAGGUCGUGCAGCCGGCAAAAGGGGGGAGGGACUUAUUGAGGCUGUUUAAGGAGUUGAAGCAGUCGGUUGCCAAUGACUGGGGAGGUUCCAAACCCCCCGCGGUUGAAGAGGAUAAAGAGUUUUUGGAGAAGAAGGAGAGGAUGCAUGAUAUGGAGCAACAACUAAGCAAUGCCUCGCAGCAGGCGGAAUCAUUAGUUAAGGCUCAGCAAGACAUGGGGGAAACAAUGGGAGAACUGGGGCUGGCGUUUAUUAAACUGACAAAGUUUGAGAAUGAGGAGGCCGUGUUCAAUUCUCAGAGAUCACGGGCAGCUGAUAUGAAAAAUUUGGCAACUGCUGCGGUUAAAGCUAGCAGAUUUUACCGGGAAUUAAAUUUGCAUACGGUGAAGCACUUGGAUACCCUUCACGAGUACUUGGGUCUCAUGUUAGCAGUACACGGUGCCUUCUCAGAUCGCACUAGCGCUUUAUUGACAGUGCAGACUCUUUUAUCAGAAUUAUCUUCGUUUAAAUCGAGAGCUGAAAAACUGGAAGCUGCAUCAUCGAAGAUAUUUGGUGGCGACAAGUCAAGAAUACGCAAGAUGGAGGAAUUGAGGGAAACUAUAAGAGUCACUGAGGAUGCCAAGAAUGUUGCAAUAAGAGAAUACGAGCGGAUUAAGGAAAAUAACAGGACUGAACUUGAACGGCUGGAUAAGGAAAGGCAUGCAGACUUCUUGAAUAUGCUGAAGGGGUUUGUUGUUAAUCAGGUUGGGUAUGCUGAGAAAAUUGCCAAUGUUUGGGGGAAGGUUGCAGAGGAGACGAGCGCAUAUGCGAGAGAGAGCAGUUGAAUUAUGCAGUUGUAAAUUCAAAUCUUUCAGGUUUUCUUACUCUUUAACUGUAUCUUGGUCAUUGCACUUCUAGGAAAAUCGCUCAAGAUUCAUAUAUUUAACUAAUAAAGAAAAUGGAUGAAGUUUUUAUGUUUCCUCGCCCUGUACUGAUUAAGGAAGGGAUUUAUUUUGUUGCAAGGGCUGUUACUCACAUUUGUUAGAGGAGUUGUAAAUUUGAUUUGUCCUUUGAUACUUGGAUAUUUAAGUUCCCAGUUUUGAUCUUGAGUUAAUGGCGUGAAGAAAAAUGGGAGCAUUCAAGAGAA